AUGUCUUUCAUGUUUCCUCCCCCUAGUCUUCCGCUCCCGGGCGAAAUCUUGCUCAUCACCGAUGAGCUCGCCUCGCCCGCCGACUUCCUCCUCCACCGCAGUCUCAGCACACACCUCAAAGAAAGCAAACUCUCUUAUGCAAUUAUACUCUCAGUUUCUGAGAGCCUAGCACGAUGGAAAGCCGUCGCCGGACGCUCGGUCGGUCGCAUUCCUUCCCCACUCGCACUGAACGCUGACUAUCGCUGCUCGAAGGGUGUAAACCUUGCGCAACUCCUUUCCUCGGGAGCACUGACGCUACUUGAGUACACUUCAGAGGAGCCCUUUGCCAUGCCGGAUGCGGGUGCAGAUCCCGGCGUGCCGCUGAAGGCGCUCCUGGGCAGGCUGCGGGACACGCUGGUGCAGCGGCGAGGGGGAGAGACCCCAGAGGCGCGGACACUCGUCAUCCUGGAGGAUAUCGCGGCGCUGGAGUGGAUCGGUACGCCUCUCCUGGACCUCAGCCGGUUCGCACGCGCGCUGUGCGCGACGUGCCGGCAGUUUAAUGCGGCACUGAUUGUGCGUCAUCACGUCGUCACGCCUGGAGAGCCGGACGACCUCCUGCGGCUCUUAAUGCAGCUGUGUACUUACCACAUGGAUGUGCUGCCUCUGUCUAGCGGGAGGAGCGGGGCGGUCAGCGGCCAGGUCGCAUUGCAUGCGGGUCCUUCGGCGAUCGAUCCUCCUUUCCGUUUGAUCUCACGGAGUGACGCUGUUCAUUAUAGACUGACAGAUGCUGGGUCCGUGUUCUUUGAUCGAGGAACGGGAGGGGGAGUGCUAUGA